AUGAUCAUGCACAGAAGUGUUAUUUUUCUAUUUUUCCUUAUUGUCAAUAUAUCAAAUAAGUACGUAAUUGCCGAAAACGAUGAGGACACAUCAACGGAGCUAUACGUUAUCGAGGGAAAAGUUUUUCCAUGGGAAAACGGUGCUUCAAAUGGAUGGCAACUUAUGACACACGUCAUGGCUAAUGGUGGAGAGCAUUAUGGUUUUUUGAGGGAGGAUGGCACAUUUAUUAUUUCUAAUGUUCCAUCUGGAUCCUAUAUAAUUGAAGUUGUAAAUCCAAAUUGUGUCUAUGAACCUGUAAGAGUAGAAAUUAACUCAAAAGGAAAAUUCAGAGCUCGCAAAGUUAAUUUAAUUCAAACAGCCCAAGUAACACAGGUUCCAUACCCAUUAAAAAUGAGACCACUAACACCAUUUCGUUAUUUCCAAGUCAGAGAACAGUGGAGAGUAACAGACUUUUUAUUUAAUCCAAUGGUAUUAAUGAUGAUACUACCAUUCUUGUUGAUUAUGAUUAUACCAAAAAUUAUGAAUGAUCCUGAAACUAGAAAGGAAAUGGAACAGUUAAAUAAUUUUACCAAUUAUAAUAUACCAGAAAUGUCAGAAGUAAUAACAUCAUAUUGUUUAUCUGGAGGAGAAAAACAAAAAACAAAAGCAGUAAAAGCUGCAAAAAAGAGGCAAUGAUUUAAAUGUCUUUAGGAUAUAUAUUUGCACUUUUACUCUAGUCUUUUAAUUCUUAGCUCCAUUUUAGAAUAUAAAAUUAUGCCUCACUCUUUUUUGAAUUCCAUGUAACUUUAUAAUUGAAGAAACAACAGUGAAUCAUACAAAAUAUUAUUUUAAUGUGUAAUUUAAAUAUAAUUUAUAAAAUUUUGUCACACAACUUAUCACAAGUUAGUUGUAUAAUAAAAAUGUUUUAUAAAUUGCUGUUGUAAAAUAGUAAAUUUUAAGCAAACAAAAAAAAUACAUUUUGGAAGAUGUUAACAAAAUAUACUUUUUAUGUUUUAUAUAGUAAAUAUUAAUUCAAAUUCGGAUUCAAAAUCGUUCGGAUGCACGUAUAUAAAGUGUAUGUAAAAUACACAAAUUGAAUAUAACAAAAGAAAAAUUAUUUGGCACUAGAUGAAUCAGUGCUUAAAAAACCGUGUUUGUAGUUAAAAUAAAAAGCGUAUGAUGUUAAAA